AUGCCUCUGUUUCAAUAUUCUGUUCUUAACUCUCAGCAAAUUCGGUUCUUAGCUUUGCACCCUGGAGCCCCUCAAGAUCCUCUUGCCGGUACUCUUUUUGUUGAUGAUCUCGAUCAAGACAGGGAGCCGCCUUACUAUGAGGCAUUAUCCUACUGUUGGGGAGAUCAGUCAUCGCCAGACACCAUCCUACUCAAAGAGCGAGUCUGGUCUGGCGAAGGAGGCGAUGUUGACAUCGGGAGGAAUCUAGCCGCAGCUCUACGGCAACUUCGCCACCCCCAGCAAGAACGAAUCAUUUGGUGUGAUGCCAUCUGUAUCAAUCAAAAGGACCUCGCCGAGCGUUCGUUGCAAGUAAAACGCAUGACCGAAAUCUAUAGCCUUGCUGCCAAGGUUAUGAUAUGGCUUGGCCCUGAAACCUCUUGGUCUACUACUGCCAUGAAUACCCUACGCUGGGCGGGGAACCAAAUCAAAUCAUCAAAUUAUUCAGUUGAGCAUACCACUAUGUAUUACAACUCCAGGGAAACAGCAGACCCUCGGAUUCAUGACCCAGACACCCCUCUUCCACUAAGUACGGAACAAUGGAGAGCUAUAGAGCACCUGCUGGACUUGGACUGGCACAAGCGCUUGUGGACGCUUCAAGAAGUAGCGUUGGCAGACGAAAGGACUUGUACUGUUGCUCUCGGCCACGAGGAAAUGAUGUGGGCGACGUUUAAGGAUACCCUCUUGUUUGUGUCUACAUUCAAACAGCCGGCACCUGAUUUGAGACUUGAUCCCGUUCGUUACAGCUCUAACGUAACAACCUUCACCAUAAAAGCUCAAAUAAAAAACUACCGCGGUAAUUGUACUUUGAUGCCUGCUAUUCUAUGGUCGUCGACUUUUCAAUGCUCUGACGACCGAGACAAGGUAUUUGCCUGCCGUGGUUUGGUAGAACCUGAGGCAGCCCAGGCCAUUGAAGUUGACUAUACUAAGUCUACCAAGGAGGUUUUUGCUUCAGUAUGCCUUGAUACCCUUUUCCGAGAACAGUCGCUCCAGUUUUUGGGCUACUGUAAAGCACCUGUCAGUCCGAGCUGGGUAGCUGACUUGGGGAGGCCUUUCGCCUUAGCCGUGACUGACGGUAAUGUCGCUCCAAAAUCAGUUCCUGAAGCAUGUCUUAUUGAACCCGGUGUGCUAGAGGUAGCUGGAGUCUUUUGUGACGAGUUGGUCGGGGCUCCUCUUCUAAUACCUGCAAAGGAGACUCUCCUACAUACGCCUGCGGGAUAUCUUGAGGUGAUUGCUGACGCAGUGCAAAGUCUGUGUAGUAAGGACUUACUACAGGAUGACACGCGCCUCGAUCCGUUGAUUAUGGCACUGACAUAUGGAUCUGUCCGAGAUUAUUACAUUGAGACAUUGGAUCCAAUGGAAAGAAGCCCACUGCGCUCCAUUGCGGACUGGCGGAACAAAAUACGAGGGCUGAUAAAUGGCGACUUGAAAGAUGGCCAUGACACAGUAGAUCCGGAUGAGGUAUAUCAACGCUCUACACCUGGAGAAAUAUAUGCAAGUGGGUGCGUGAAGACUAGGAAAGAUUGCUACAUACGGGUUCCACCAGAGAGUCUCAAGGGUGACUUGGUGGUAGUCAUUCUUGGUUUAGAUCAACCGCUGGUGCUACGUCCAGGGACCAAACCGAACACAUACUCUGUUAUAGGCUCAUGCUACCACCCAGGACUUGCAGACGGGACAGCGCUACUUGGAAACGAAGUUUCUGGCUGGGAGAGGCUAUGGGAUCGGGGUUUGUUUCAGACUGCUUUCCACAAAGAGGGAAUUUUGCGUUACACCGACCCACGGCUUGACGAUGUUCCUCUCGAGGAUGGCUUUUACGAAGUCAUUCAGACAAUCAACGGUCGCAAGAUUCCCCUUUGGUUGCAUAAAGAGAACGAUGUCAAGGAUCCGUUGAAAGAUCCUCGUAUGAGAGAAGGAGCAUUGUUGAAAAGGGGUGUGCCAGUGAAGAGGCUUCAGUUGAUAUGA